CUUCUCAUUGGUUAAAACCCAGGAAGUUAGUUGGAGUAGCGCGAAAACCAUCCUUGUUUAUCCCGGGAGUUGCUUCAGCAUCAAAACAUUUAAUGUCGUUGAUGUUUUUAGGCUUUGCUUCACUUCCCUGCGAUCAUGAGUGACAAAAUAAAGAAGGUGAACAGCUGGUUGGGGGCGGUGUUCGGGGACCAGCCGGUGCCACAGUUCGAGGUGAACAGCAGAACAGUGGACAUACUGUACCAGUUGGCUCAGUCCAGUGAAGCCCGCUGCAGUGAUACUUCUCUGCUCAUAGAGGACUACAAGCAGAAAACAUCAGAGUAUCAGGCUGACGCUGCUCAUCUUCAGGAUGUCCUUCUACAAGGUGUCGGUCUCUCCGGGGCAAGCUUGUCAAAAGCAAGUGCAGACUACUUGUCUGCUCUGGUGGACAGUGCUAUGGUGCUGGGAGUGAGAGACACGUCACUGAGCAGCUUCAUGCCAGCGGUGAACAACCUCACCAGCGAGCUCUUGGAAGCUGAGAAGUCAAACAGAAGACUCGAGCGAGAACUCAGGGUGCUCCGGAAAAGGCUCGGUGCCACUCUGGUGCUGCGGGGAAACCUACAAGAAGAUAUCGACAAGACUACCAAAUCUCAGGCAGUGGAGAGUGCGAAAGCAGAGGAGAGACUGCUAAACAUGGACUUUGUGACAGCCAAAGCUCGAGAGCUUAGUCACAGACUGGAGAGGUCAGAGGAUCGGCUUCUAUCCAGGAACAUGGACAAGUCUAUCACCCACCAGGCCAUUAUGCAGCUUUCUGAGGAAGUCGGCACACUGAAAAACGAAAUAAUCCCCCUGAAAAAGAAGCUGGAGCCGUACAUGGACCUGAGCCCUAGCCCAUCUCUUGCACAAGUGAAGAUAGAAGAAGCAAAAAGAGAACUAGUUGCGCUUGAUUCCAAAUUGGAGACGAAGGUGGAUUUUAAGUGAUGUUAUAUGUUGAAAUGUACUUUUCUGUAAAAUAAAAUUUUUGCCUUCUU